UUUCUUGAACUAGAAUCUCUUUUAUUGUACAUCUUUAAGAUCGGUGAUGUUGCAAGGGACCAAGUGUUGGGUGGUAAAGAACCAACACCUGAAUAGAAUAAGUGUAGCGGAGAUUAGGAUGUUGCUUUGGAUGUGUGGUAAGACUAGACAUGUUGGCAUUAGAAGUGACAGUGUUAGAGAGUUGGAGUAUCACCCAUCGUAGAAAAGAUGGUGGAAAUUCGGCUUAGGUGGUUUGGGCCUGUAUAGAGGACAGAGGAGACCUAUAGAUUAUGUAGUAAGGAGAGUAGAUCAGAUGGAAGAUAGUCAAACCACUAGAGGUAGAGGAAGACCUACAAAAACUAAAAGAAAAACUAUUGAGAAAGAUCUAGAGAUGAGAUAGAGAUAUAAGAUAUUAUAUAUGAUAGAACAUUAUGACCUCUUUUGAUUGGCCCCACUUUGUGGGAUAAGGCUCUAUUGUUGUUGUUCAAACUGUCACUGAUUUUGGUAUUUGUCUACUUCAUUGUCGAGUUAUAUUCCUUUUUUUUUUUUUUGACAGAAGUUCUAUUCCUUCUUUGUAUGCCCAUAUUUUUGUAAUUUAUUGUAUUAUUGUCUGGGUUUAUUGAAGUGCACGCCAAGUUAUGCAGUAGAGUUCAAGUCAAGCACAUCCUGUUUUGUAACAGUCCAUUUUUUUUACGUAAAUUUUUUCUUCAUUAUUGUCUUGGUUCUGUUUGACUCAAUAACCUCUGUAGAGGUUCAAGGCUUUUACUCAAAGCCAAAAUUGCUCUGUUCAUCAGUGUUAUCAAGGACGGAUGGCUGCUGGUAAAAAAUAAUCUGUCAUAUAUGCUUGGCGUUGCGGCCUAUGGCACAAAUAUGGUUAAUAUAAUAAAGUUGGUUUGGCCUAAAUUCUUGUCAUUAAAAGCCAUGGUGCCACCAAAGCUUAAAUUUGACAACACAGCUUCAUCACCAUUCUGUGGUCAAGCUGCAGUGGACUAGUAGAAUUUGUUUUGGGUUCAAUGGAAAAAAGUAGAGAAGGAUACUUUGUAUUCCACCAUCAAGGCUUUGAUGGUGAUCGAUGGAUGACUCAGAUUUCAAUCCAGAUCCUUGUGGUUGGACACCUUUUCAGGUAUACAAGCCCAACUGAUAUGAUGAUGUCCCCAGUAACCAAAGGCCUUCUUGCAAGAAACAGAAAGGGUGGUGCACUAUUACCACCUGGACCUGGUAAAUAUCAACCAAAGGUUCCAAACAUGUGCUUGCAGGAUCCGAGUCCUCUUCAAAAUAAGCUUCCAAUGCUGAUUGAUGAGAAACUCAACUCAACUUGAGGAAUUCAAUGGAACUUUGUUCUACAUGAUAAUCAAGGAAUUCCAACUUGAAGAUGAUGAAGUAUCUUAAAGAACUAUAUAAUGCUCUUCUGAUUUUUGUUCCUAAGUAGGAUUUUCUAGCAACAUACUCUGAUGUUAAAAAGUUUUGUAAUCUCCUAAUCUAUUGAUCCUUGAAAAAACUUAUGUAAGGAUUUCAAAUAAGAUCAAUUUAUUUUACCCUUCUA